AUGGUCCGAGUAGCUAAUAGCAACAGCGAGAAUAGAAACAUAUACAAUUACAUUAAUAUUUUUUAUCUAUCUAUCUAUCUAUCUAUCUAUCUAUCUAUCUAUCUAUCUAUCUUAUCUCUUUAUAUCUAUCUAUCUAUCUAUCUAUCUAUCCAUGUCAGUCUGUUCAUAUCUAUCUAUCUAUCUAUCUAUCUAUCUAUCUAUCUGAGGCACGGUGGAUCUGUUCACAUCUAUCUAUCUAUCUAUCUAUCUAUCUAUCUAUCUAUCUAUCUAUCUAUCUUAGUCUGUUCGCAUCUGUCUAUCUAUCUUAAUCUGUUCACAUCUAUCUAUCUAUCUAUCUAUCUAUCUAUCUAUCUAUCUAUCUAUCUAUGUCAAUCCGUGCGUAUUUAUCGCAGUCUACCUAUCUAUUUUAUCCAUAUCAAUCUAUUCAAAUUGUUUGAUGAUAAAUUACUUUCCAUUAUUUUUCACAACACAUUUUCUGAUGUCGAUGAUAAUGACUGA